AUGAGAAGCAGUUGUCCCCGGAAUCCUCCGGGUAGUCAACAAGCUAAGCCUCGCAAAGCAGCCAAUGAAGGCUACGGCGCAGAGGUGUUAAAGCCAGGACAGCACGAUGUGCUUCUGGGGCGAGGAGGAGGGACGAACAACCACAGCGGGAAUAUUAACUUUCGCAAGUUGGUGAACGAACACAAGAUGCGGUAUCUUGCCUGCAGUAAGAUUGAGAAGCCGAAUGUGGCGAGAGAAGUCGUAGAGCUCUGGCGCAAGUUGGAUCCUCCUGGUCGUUUCUUGGCUCGCAAGGAAGACACCACGGGUAAAAAGGGUGACGACGGAGGCAGCGGCCAGGUGGUGUGGGUCGAGGUCCCUGACAAGAAGGCUCGGGAAAAGGCUUCCCAAUGUCUACGCGAACGGACGCCCGAUGUUGUCCCCUACAUUCGUCAGCUUCGAGAGCAGCAAGACCAGAUGACCGAGCACGGAGUCACCAUGGUCCAGCAUCAGCUCAAGAUGCAACGAGAAGCGGAAGCUCAAAAGAACAGUCUGCACGGAAUGGCUUCCGCGGCGGCUGACUACACUCGACGCAAUAGUAUGGCGGAGCACAAUCCUUACCAGAAUCCCAUGGCCAUGGGCAUGGUAGGUAUGGGAGGUCCCGCUGACUAUGGAAGCAGACGUACAAGUAUGCCAAUGGCCAACGGUGUCGGGAGUAUGGAUGGAAUGCAAAUGAUGCAGCAGCAGCAACAAGAGGCUUUCAACAGGCGUCAGAGUGCGCCUCAUCUCAUGGCCAACAACGCCGACGGUCCAAUCAUGACGCCCAGCGGACCCAACAUGAUGGGGCAGAUGCCUGGUCAUUACGGGAUGAUGGAACCUGCUUUCGCCGGAAGUAUGGGAGCUGGAAACAUGGGAACCGGCAGCAUGGGAGCAGACAUGUACGAUCCUGCUUACGCAUCCAGCAUGACCGCCAUGCAGCUUCAGCAACACCACCAACAGAUGCAGUUGCAGCAAAUGCACCUACAACAACAACAGCUACAACUCCAGAUGCAACAUCAGCAGCAAAUGCAAAUGAGCAUGGGAAUGCAUCAAGGAUCGGCUCACAUGAACAUGCGCAUGCCCCACAAUGGUGGUUGGGGAAUGAACAUGCAGCCCGUGGGGAUGCCAUCGGGACCACCCGGUACACUUCCCAACCAUUCGGGGCACCAGACUCUGAACCAAUCCAGUAGCCACCAUGGCUCAUCUACGCGUCUGAACAACGACGCGUCUCUCAACAGCCAGAGGUCGCGUGUGCCGGAUGCUCCGACGUCGGCCCAAGGCACAGCCGACGUCCCAGCUCCGGAUCAGAGUACAUCCGCAAACUUUGAAGCGUCGCCCAAACCAGCGUCACACGCAGAAUCACAGCAGUCGCCUCGGAAGAGUACAAAGGAAAUGAUGAAAGUCCUUUCGGGCCAUGACCGUACACCCAAGCAGCCAAGGCAAGGAGCCAAGAAAAAGGCAACUCAAUCCGUCGAAGAAUCACCCACCAAAAAGACAGCAACACCCAAGGGGCCGGCUCCGGAUCCUCCGGCCAACAAGGCACCCGAUAAGACUCCAAUGGUCCCCACGAGAUUGGAUAAUCAUCCUGCUCCAGCGGCUGUGACACCAGAAGACCACAUGAAUGCACCAUUGCCUCUAGAUGCUCCUGCCAGUAACGAAGACGACCACGGCGAAUUGACCCUGGAAGAGUACCGCAAGACCCUCGAGUCCUACAUGGUCAGCAACAACAUUCAAGCACAAAAUCCAAGUUACUAUUCGGACGAGGACGAUUUGUCCGUCGAAUCCUUCCCCGACUGGCCCGAUGAGGCCGAUCGCCGUGAGGAUCGACCGGAAGGACCCAAGCGUUCAGGACCUCGUGCUGCACCCAACGCUCGUCAAGUGGAUCGUAAAGUAUCGGGACAUUCCAUGAUGUCGACAAAUACCUUCAAGUCCAACACUACUAGUCUGAGUGGUCUUUCCAUGCUCUCCGAUAUGAUGAGCAUGACGUCCGGAUCCAGAGGGGACAAAAUGAGAGAUUCCAGGAGAUUCUCAUCCAAUGCGUCCAUCAUGUCAGAGCUCACGGAUAUUAGCCACACGAUUGAUGGCUUGGGAUUAGACGACGAUUGUUAG